CCCCCACCGCGCUGGCCCAUCAUGCUGGCCCGUCGUUCCACCGUGCUCCUCUCGCGUGCCUCGCUGCGCCUCAGCGCCGCCGCCGCUCCUUCGCUCGCCGCCCGCACGCUCAGCACGGCGUCGCCCGCCGCGGCCGCUUCGGCGCCGCGCCGCGCCCUCGCCCUCGCCACGGCCACGCCGGCGCUGCGGCGCGCCCUGCAUGCCUCGGCCGCCGCGCGCGAGACGGUCAAGGUGCCGCAGAUGGCAGAGAGCAUCACCGAGGGCACGCUCAAGCAGUGGAACAAGAAGGUCGGCGACUUUGUCGAGGCCGACGAGGAGAUUGCCGUCAUCGAGACGGACAAGAUCGACGUCACCGUCAACGCGCCGCAGUCGGGCACCAUCACCGAGACGCUCGCCAACGAGGAGGACACUGUGACGGUCGGCCAGGAUCUCUUCAAGAUGGAGCCUGGCGAUGCUCCUGCCGAGGGCUCUUCUUCGGGCGGCGAGAGCAAGAGCGAGAGCAAGGAGGAGAGUAGCAGCAGCAGCGGCAGCAAGGACAACGCCAAGGAGGAGGCACCCAAGAAGUCCGACGCCACGUCGUCAGAAACGAAGGCGCAGGAGCAAAAGGACUCGGGCCGGCAAUCGGAGUCGUCGCAGAAGGCGUCGCAGGAGGGCGGUAAUCAGGCGCACAAGCGCAACGAGGCGUCUAGCUCCAGCUCCGGCUCUUCGGCGCCGAAGAAGGACAGCAAGCCCAGCUCGAGCGGCAGCAGUGGCGACAAGAAGGGUGCCUCUUCCGGCUCCGUCGACUCUGCGCCUGCGACCAAGGGCUCGCGCGACGAGCGGCGCGUCAAGAUGAACCGCAUGCGUCUGCGCAUUGCCGAGCGCCUGAAGCAGAGCCAGAACACGGCCGCCUCGCUGACGACGUUCAACGAGAUUGACAUGUCGAACCUGAUGGCCUUCCGCGCUCGUCACAAGGACCGCAUCCUCAAGGAGCAGGGCGUCAAGCUGGGCUUCAUGGGUGCCUUUGCCCGUGCGUCGGCACUGGCACUCAAGGAGAUCCCCGCCGCCAACGCCAGCAUUGAGGGAGAGGGCCUGGGCGACACCAUCGUCUACCGCGACUACGUGGAUCUCUCGGUGGCCGUGUCGACGGAGAAGGGCCUCGUCACGCCCGUCGUGCGCAGCGUGGAGCAGCUGAGCAUCCUGGACAUUGAGCGCGAAAUUACCGCGCUUGGCAAGAAGGCACGCGACAACAAGCUCACCCUCGAGGACAUGGCCGGCGGCACCUUUACCAUUUCCAACGGCGGCGUCUUUGGCUCGCUGUUCGGCACGCCCAUCCUCAACCUGCCCGGCAGCGCCAUUCUCGGCAUGCACGCCAUCAACAACAAGCCCUGGGUCGUCGACGGCAAGGUCGACAUCCGACCCAUCAUGGUCGUUGCCCUGACGUACGACCACCGUCUGCUGGACGGCCGCGAGGCCGUCACGUUCCUCGUGCGCCUGAAGCAGUACCUCGAGGACCCAGCCAUGAUGGCUCUCUAAGCCUCUUUCGCGCGGGCGCAUACACGAGUGUGCUGCCUCUGCAGUGCGAGGGGGCGAGAGGGGGGGAGAAGGG